ACUACACAUCAUAAACAUAACGCUCAUGAUUCGUAGUUCGUGUGUUAACACCGAUGGAGUUUCAUGGAGUCAAGCUCCCGGCGAUUGCCCAUCACAGCCGCCACUGGCACUGUGUGCUCCCCGCCGCCGUCCUCACGACGUGCCUUGUGGUCCUCGCGGCGAUGAGCCUGCCCGGCCGCGUGCCGCUGAUGCCGCCGUUUCUCCCGAGCAUGACCGGCCAUGGACGAGGCGUCAACGGGUCCUGCGACAUAUUCAAGGGCGAGUGGGUGCCCGACCCGGGCGCGCCGCGAUACACCAACGAGACGUGCCCCGUGAUCCACGGCCACUACGACUGCAUGCGGUACGGCAAGCCGGACCUCGGGGUCGUGCGGUGGCGGUGGCGGCCGGACGGGUGCGAGCUGCCCCGCUUCGACGCGGCGCGCUUCCUCGGCGCCAUGAGGGGCAAAUCCGUGGCGUUCGUCGGCGACUCGCUCGCCAGGAACCAGAUGCACUCGCUCGUGUGCCUCCUGGCGCGGGCCGAGCGGCCCGUGCCGUGGACCAAAGCGGGCUACGUCUACCGCUACGAGCGCCACGGCUUCGCCGUCGCCGACUUCUGGUCGCCGUUCCUCGUCCGCGCCGUCGAGACGGACCGGGACGGCCCGGCGCGUAGCGGGGCGGGCCUGUGGAGCCUCCACCUGGACGAGCCGGACGCUGGAUGGGCGGCCCACGCCGGCAUGUUCGACUACGUCGUCGUCUCCGCCGGCAGCUGGUUCUACCGGCCGUCCGUGUUCUACGAGCGCGGCCGCCUCGUCGGGUGCAGCGGCUGCCUCGCGCCCAACGUCACCGAUCUCACGCUCCGGUACUCCAUGCGGCUGGCGUUCCGGAGCGCGCUCCGCGCGGCCGUGGGCGCGCCGGGCGGCCGCUCCAGGACGGUCAUCGUGCGGACGAUCUCGCCGUCGCACUACGAGAACGGGACGCGGAGCGAGGACGGCGACUGCGUCCGGACGCGGCCUCUCCGGCGUGGUCAGUGGGAGAUGGACGAGGAGCAGAAGGAGAUGCGCCGGAUACAGGUGGAGGAGUUCGCGGCGGCAGAGGCUGCGGCGAGAGGGAAAGGGGUGAGGAUGCUGCUGAUGGACGCGACGGAGGCCAUGGCGCUGCGGCCGGACGCCCACCCGAGCAAGUACCGGCUGUGGGAGCCGGAGAAGUUCUGGGUGUCCCGUGACUGCCUACACUGGUGCCUGCCCGGCGCCAUGGACGCGUGCAACGACAUGCUGCUUCACAUGCUGAUCGGUUAACUAGUACUCCAAUUACCAUUUUUAUGGAAUAGUACUCCAGUAACUUACUGCUCUGUUAAAAAGGCUCUGUUCUCCAUUGGGGACACUAAGGCGCAUGCUAUUUUUUCCAAGAAAUGUUGGCAUAUUGUAGGUGAUAUUCUUACGUCUGAAGUUUUAAAGGCAACAAAUGAAAAGAAUAUUCCAGCUGGAUGGAAUGAUACAACUAUAGUGCUCAUACCUAAGGUGGAUAAUCUGGAAAAUAUAUCCCAAUAUAGGUCCAUCAAUUUAUGCAAUGUUUUGUAUAAAAUCAUCUCAAAGAUGAUUGCCUUUCGA